AUGUGCAGCGUUGGCUGCUUGGCGGUCGAGUACCCUCAGUCGUCCGUUCCGAUGGUGUGGGGGUACAAGGGCCCGAGGUACGCCGCGCAGACGGUCGAGGCCGUAGAGUUCAUGCACGGAAAGGGCCUGGUCCACGGGGAUGUUAAGCCGGACAACGUCAUCCUCGUCAAGAAGAGCGAGACCCUUACCGUGGCCAAGUUGGCUGACCUUGGACUAUCGCGUGAAGUGGGCACCACCAAGUACAAGGGCUUCGGUACGCUCGGGACCUCCAUCACUCCCAACAAUUACUUCGAUGAGGUUCCCGCUGACAAGGCGGACGACGUCUGGGCCCUCGGCGUGCUGCUUCUGUCCUUGUUGCUGCCGCGGGGCCUGUUCUCGAGUAACUACUUGACGAGCCGCGUGCUCCAGACCGCCGCGGAGAAGGAGGCCCUCGCACGCUGCAGGACGAGCAAGCAGAGGCUCAAGAUUAAGUACCGCAUGUCCUCCCGCACGGCCAAAGAUACGUCGGAUAACGGUUUCCAGAAGAGGAUGGUCAGGAGCAUGCUGUUCGUGACUCUCGAGCAGCCGAUACGGGACACCGCCCGUGAUUUUCUGCGGCGCAUGGUCGACCCCGACGCCAGCAAACGGCCGGACAUCUGCGAGGUGCGGGCGUGGUUGCCGUCCAUCGUCCGGUCCGCGGAGAGGCAGACGGCGGUCAUGGCGGCGGCCGCUCUGGUGCCGACAACGCCAUCUCCCCCACCGCCCCGGUCGCCGCUGAUGGCGAGGUCGAGAGGGAGCUCCGUGUCUACGAUUUCGUUUUCGUCUUCCGGCGGUAGCUCGGAGUCUUCUUCUUCUUCUUCUUCUUCUGCGGCGAGAACGUCAGACUCUGCUUCUUCGCCUUCGGCCGGAUCGGCGCCGUCGGCCGGGGGCUCCGUAGAACCAUUCUCGUCUUCGGUCUCUUGCGGUAGGUCGGGAAAUUACUCGGCGGUGGUAGUGCCUGCUGUCGUUCCCUUGACCUCGGGCGGAUCGGUGCUUUCGGCCAGGAGCCCCGUGGAAUCGGGUUCGUCUGUCUCCUCCUCCUCCGACGGCAGGUCGUGGAGGCUCGCCGUUCUCUUGGAGGACGAGGACGGUAUGGAGGAGAGUGGCGAACGAGAGUACGUUUUCCCGAGCCCGUCCGCCGCCGCCGCCAUCACUCCCUCGAUGGCCGCCAGCUCUGGUGCACAGCGUGAGGGCGUCGACAACUCGGCCCCGGACUCUUGGGUGCCCUCGCACGACGUGUCUUCUCUCGCCCUCUCUGUCGGUGCGGCUGCGAGCGCGCAGGACGACGUGGCGCGCCACUCCGGUCCGGAGGACGCCUGGUCCACCGGCAUCAGCGGCGUCGUCUCCGGCAUCGAUGCUGCCGUCGGAAUCAACUCGAGCGCCGACAUCUCCCAGCAGCAGGGCGAAUUGUCUUCGAGCGCGGGCUCUGUUCGGUUUUCCACCGGGGCAGAGGCGGCGGCGGGCGAGAGCGACGGGCUUCUGCUGUUGCCGCUGCUCAGCGGGGGCGAGUGCAGCACCGGCUGGAGCCGGCAGUCCCGACGAGGCGGCGAGGGAGAGGCGACGGUGGAUGCCGGGGCUGGGUCCGACGCCCGCGAUGGCGUCGGAAGAGGGAUCGAUCGGUGA